AUGGCCGCUAUCAACCGCCGCAAGAGACACGCCAAACUGCAGGGUCAACAAGCUACUUGGAAAUUGCAGCGAACGACUACUGAGAUACUAGAUCGGGCAGAACUGAAAAGCUACACUGAUAAAGGCAAACCUGUCUACCAAGUUCUUACUCGACUUUCAGUCAAGGCUGUGACGGCAAACCAUCUACUUACCGCCGAAUACCUAAAAGAUAAGCGAAAAGUGGCUAUUAUGUCGAUAUGGUGA